CGCCAACCCCGCAAACAAAGGAUUGACAAACAAAAAACCGAAACACAAUAGAGUGAGAAAGGAGUACGAAGCAAUGAGCUUAGCACUCAUCCAAAGUUACUCCUCCGCCGAAGAAGACGAAAGAGAAGAAUCUAAUCAUCACUACGACAAUUUCUCUGACGACGACAAUGACUCCGGCACCGGCUCCGACAACUCCGCCGCCGUUUCACGCUUUCCUUCCACCUACAACCCCGUCGUCGCCCCUAAAUCUUCUCAAGACUCCGCUCUUCCCUCCGCCCUAGAUGCAUUCUCCGAAAUUUCAGGGCCGCCUCAGUUUCUUAAUAAUUGCGUAGAAGACCAGAAUGUGGGAAGAGAUAUUAUUGUUCAUCGUGUUCGCAGGAACAGCAGAAACAAGAAAGAUCUGCCUACUGGUGCUGUGGUGGAAGCCAAGCCCCAUUUAGUUGGCAUUCAUGAACGAGUAAGGAGUGAUAUUGAGGGUAGUGUUCCCUCUACUGGUUCUACACAGCCUCAGAAAACUCCUCCGGUAAUGAAAACUGCUGAUGGCUCUCAACCAAGUAUGUGCUUGCUAUGCGGGAUACCCAAAACCUACACGAGUGCUCUUGGGAUGGUAUGUCCCGUAUGUCCUUCAGAUGACUCCAAAAAGAAGGGAUCUACUGUUAAAGAUAAAGAGAAAAUCAAGAGAAUGAGAGGCCAGUCUUCUCAUGCUAGUUGGAAAAGUGAGACAGAGAUGCACCUCAGGCAGACCUUUGAUUAACAGAGUUAUUGGAACCACCACCUGUCUUUUUAUUUUUUUUCCAGGAUUAGUGUUGAAAAGGUGUAAGAUUAGUUAAAUUGAUAAUUGUCAUUCUGAAAGCAAUUGCAACUGUGUUUAGUCUUGUAUCAUGUGUGUGAUAUUCGUUGUCAUAUUUCAUUAGAAUCAUGGAUAAAUCAAAAGUUCGACUUGUAUGCGUAAGUUGAAUUAUGAACUUUGAUCUUUUAACCGUCUCACUAGAAUAAGAGUGACGGAUUCUGAGAAAGUUGUAAGUUUUUGCAAUAUGAAUUAAAUGCCAACAUUUUAAUAUUUUACUCGA